AUGAUAACAGACCACCGAUGCUGCCCCUCUUCUCCGCAGACACAAACCUCAGACCACAUCGAGAGCGUAUAUGGCAGGGAGUUGGGCACGAUAGACCUGCCCUGGCAGCCCUUUGCCCUUUCGGUCCAUCAGGACACGAUGGCCGUGGGCAGCUUCAUCCAAGACCGGGAAAACUUUAUUUCGCUUUAUAACAUUUCUUCAAUUCAAGAGGCACAAAAGAUCUGCGACCUGAAGCACGACUUUCCUCCCUGCCAACUGAAAUGGUCCUCCUCUGGACUUCUUGCUUCUUGUAGCCAAAUGAUAAAUGUAUACAAAAUCUCUGGCGAUAGCUUUGAGAAUCCUCUUCGCCUAUGCACCGGCAUUGCAAACGGCCAGGUGAAGACACAACUGAUUGCACACGACAAGCAGGUGUUUGAUAUUUCGUUUGCAAACUCUGCCCAUCUAUUUGCGACAGCUGGCGGAGACGGGAGCAUACGCAUAUUUGACCUGAGGCACCUGGACCACUCGACAAUUUUGUAUGAAGAAAGUGAUCCGUUAUUACGGGUGUGUUGGAACACACUUGACUCGCACUAUUUGGUUGCUUUUGGAAUAUACUCCCAAAACGCCAUUUUGCUGGACACAAGAGUGCCGUCAGUUCCUGUUGCCGAGCUGGACGGGCAUGCCGGAAUCAUAAAUGACAUAUGCUGGUCGCCCAGAAACCCCAAGCUUGCUGCGUCUGGUGCAGACGAUGGGCAGCUUUUAAUUUGGGAUACCUCUACUUGCCUCCAACAAACGGAGAGCUUGGUUGAGUUUGAGGCGUACCGGACAUUCUCCUCAAAAAGCGAAGUACAGCAGAUAUCUUGGAUAACCGGAUCAAUUAUAGCAUUGAGCGAUAGAAGCUCUGUCUCGCUAGUCGAUUUUAAUCUGUAA